GGCAACUGGCGAACGCGGUUGCCGCGCAGCCUGCCGCGGGCCGACCGAGGCUGGGCAUCUCGGCAGCGGGAGAGCCCUUCGCAGCAUGGACGACGACGAGGAGGAGGAGAUCACCGCCGCCACGCUGCGCGGCAAGCCCCGGCCGCCGCCCAUCGCGGCGCAGUCCGCCUUCAGCUACGUGCCGCCGCGGCGCCUGGACCCCAAGGAGCACAGCUACUACUACCGUCAGGGCCAGACACCAAGCACACGGGCUGCUUGUGCUCGGCCACUCCCAAGGGCUGUGGAGGAGAGGUAUGCUCCAGUUCUGCUGCUGACUUACCUGUUGAAAUCUAGAGGAGGAAACAUGUUUGGUGAGCAUGGAGCAUUACCCCUGCCUGUGUGCCAUGAAAAGACAGGAAUCAUUUCCCUCUAUGACUGUGUUUUUAACAAGAACCCAGGUUAUAAUCAGAAAUUGCACCGAGAUGACAGAGAACAUGCAAAAAGCCUGGGACUUCAUGUUAAUGAGGAGGAGCACGAGAGGCCGGUCGGGCUGCUGUCGUCGUCCGUGCACGGGAGGCGCAUCCACCAGCCGGUGGAGCCGCUGGACCGGGACCACCAGCGCGUUAAACACGUGCAGGCAGACUUCUACCGCAAGAAUGACAUCCCCAGCAUCAAGGCGCCCGGUUUCGGGCAUGUGUCCCCUUCCUGACGCCCACCGCGGUCGGGUCCCUCGGGCCACGCAGGCGCCGGCGGAUUGGAGGCGGCGGCAGCGAUGGCCUGCGGGCACCUCCACCCUCGGGGCAACCACGCCUGCGGGGCGAAAACGGCAGAGGACAUGGCGCGAGGGCAGGUCCGCUGUUAGCGCCAGAAUAAAGUGAAAACUGUUCCCCCUU